AUGCCCGGUAUAGUUUCAAAAGAAGAACCUCUUGAGGUUGCCAUUGUUGGCGGUGGCAUCAUUGGCCUGGCCUUGGCAGCCGGUCUUGUGUAUCGUAACGUUCGAGUAAAGGUCUACGAAAAGACAUCCUCUUUCCGCCCGAUUGGGGCUGGAAUAGGCUUCACUGAAGCCCUUGCUCUGUUGCAUCCUGGGGCUCUCGAGGCCGAAAGAAAGGUUGCCACUGCGAACGGCGACCCGAACGACCCAAAUGACUGGCUCAAAUACGUGGAUGCUUACAACCACGAAGGCGACGAAAGUGAUGAGGAGCCUCUCCGUUUCCAGCUCUACACAGGCUACCGAGGAUUCGAAGGAUGUGUUCGCGCACAUUUCCUGGAAGAACUUCUCAAGUUGAUCCCGAAAGAUGUGAUCGUGUUCAGCAAGAACAUAGACACUGUUGUUGAUCAGGGAGAUAACAAGAAGACGAUACUCAGGUUCAAAGACGGGACCACUGCCGAGGCAGAUGUCGUCGUCGGCUGCGAUGGAAUCAAGUCACGCAUCCGAAAGCUGAUGCUGGGCAACCACCCGGCAGCUGAGCCGUCAUACAACCAUCAGUAUGCUGUCCGGUGUGCCCUGCCAAUGGAUAUGGCAGCUGCGGCAUUGGGAGAAUAUAAAGCGCACAACCGGCACAUGCAUAUGGGUCAGAAUAGCUACAUCGGCAGCGUGCCCAUCGGUCUCGGCAAGAUGAUCAACGUCGUGGCUUUCGUGCUCGAUCCAGGAGAGUGGCCGGACAAGGACAGUCUCACGGCGCCUGCCGACGCCGACACGAUCAUCAAAGCCUUCCAACACCACCGCGCGCCAAUUAGCCGCCUGAUUCAAAAGGUGGUUGAGUAUACAGGAGACACUGGACUCGUCAAGUGGGGGAUCUUCGACAGCGUGGACAACCCGUCGCCUACUUUUUCCAAGGGCCGCGUUGCAAUCGCCGGCGACGCCGCACACGCCAUGAGUCCUCACCACGGUGCCGGUGCUGGCACAGGCAUUGAGGACUGCCUCGUACUUGCAGACUUGUUGGCUGAUGUGAAUAAGGGUGUGGGCGUAGAUGCCGGCCUCAGAGCUGGCCGGGGAGCUGCUAUCCGAGCAGCUCUUCAAGCCUAUACGAACAUUCGCAUUGAGCGCGCUCACUUUAUUUGUAGCAGCAGUCGUGUGGUCGGUCAACUCCUUGAGUGGCGGUACCCACCGACUAUGACAGACUGGGACAAAUGUCUGGCCGAGCUGAGAUGGCGCUCGCACAAGAUUUGGCACUAUGACGAAGGCCAGAUGGUGAAGGACGCACAAGCCGAGUACAAGAAGUUGCUGGAAGCCGGACAGUAA